AUGGCGCUCAAAUUACUUGUGAACGCCGCCACCGGUCAGGCUCCGCUGUUCACCGGCAAUGAUGGCAGCGAUGGAUCGGCCGGGGGAAGCACAGGAGGUGGUUCUGGAGCGGUCGGAACCAUCACUAACAACGGCGUCACCAACUCCAUGUACUGUCAGGACUCAUAUGGUAUCUCACCACCGUCUGAUGGACAACUCUACACAUUGAAUCCCAAUCAGUGGGGUCUCAUCGCAUCAUCGGUCGGCGCCUUGUGUGUGAACGUGACCACCAACAAUAACGAAACCUAUCCCACCAAAUACUCCGCUCCUCAGUUCUCCGUCACCUGGAAAUAUGAGGCGGGCCCAGAGACCCAGCCUGUGCACGCUUAUCCGAACAUCAUGGUCGACAAUAUCCUGCCCGUUGAAUUGGGUAAAAUGGAGUCGCUCGACCUCGAUUUACAUUGGACCUAUGGCGUGGGCAACGAGCCCGUCGAAACUACCGAUGAAGCCGCAUUAACCGCCGAAAACGUCAACACGAACGUCGCCAUUGAUAUGUUCUUUGACAGCGACAAGGACACCGCUACGAACAGUUCUCUCGCCAAGUACGAAGUCAUGAUCUGGUUUGCCCAAUUCGGCCCUGCCACCGACCCCAUCGGUGACAAAGUCACCAACAGGGAACUGAAUGGUACCGAGUUCAAUCUUUGGGCUGGUAAUAACUCGGCAAAUCAGCACGUCUUCACCUGGGUUGCAGAGAACACAACAGAGCGCUUCGUGGGUGAUAUCAACCAGCUGAUCACCGAUCUCUAUUCGUUGUCGGGCUACCUCUACCCAUCCAGCAACGAUUACCUGGGAGUCUUCUCCUUUGGUACGGAGGCUUUCUACUCCGACUCCAAUGUCACCUUCUGGGUCCCCAAAUUCUCCAUCGACCUCACCAGCUCAUGA